GAAGAAGACGAAAGUUUAUUUACUUCCUGCAAAACGGUUUUUCCAUUCCUACAUGAUAACGUAAGACAGUGUCAAGGUAACGGUGCGUUUUGUUGGUAUAUUGCGAGCGUUUACUGCUCAUAUAAUAUGUUUUCUUUGUGCUUUGUCGUCUACACACGAGUUUGCGUAGAAAUUGGCGCAGUUAGAGUGUUAGCUGCGAAUGCUAACUAAUUGCCAGCACAAGAUGAGCUUGUGAACGGUUCCUGGUUUGUUUUGACUUGACGCUUUUGUUUUUAUUUGUGCGGGUGAUUUCAAAAGAGCAAUGUAAAUUUCAAUGUUGAAAAAGUGUUCCAUUAGACAACUUGCUCUUUUUGCUGCAAGGCAACUGGACUAACGUUCGUUCACAAAUUCUUCAGUUCAGAAUCAAGUGUUUUGAAAUCUUGCUUUUUUUAUGGAUUCAGUAGCCACGUUUUAUUUAUUAAGUAGGCAUUAAUGGGGCCCUAAUCUCCUUAUUCUGGAUGCUUUCAAAAUUAACUCCUGAAUUCAAUUUAAUGUAUCUUAAACCCUGGCAGAGGUAAACUGACUUUUAAAUUAGAAUUGUGCCUUUUUUGGUCAGGUGAAUAGCAGAGAUGGAGUCUGCCGAUGAUGGGGGCUUCAGUGUUGGAGGCUCUCUGGGAGAGGACAACUAUUUUUUAGGCUACACCUUCACUGACCGUUCACAUUCCAGCCGUGUGGUGAAGAGCAUAAUGGACUUGAGCUUGGAAGAUGGCCUUUUUGCUGACGUGACCGUCACUGUGGACAGCAAGGAGUUUCAUCUACACCGGCUGGUGCUUUCUGCGCAGAGUACUUUCUUCCGAUCCAUGUUCACCUCCAACCUCAAAGAGUCCCACGACCGCAAUAUUGAGCUGAAGGACGUCAGCGCCUCUGUUUUUCAGCUUCUGAUUGGCUAUAUUUAUCAUGGAACUAUUAAACUCAGCGUGGACGAGCUGCAGGACACGUAUGAGAUGGCGGACAUGUACCAGUUAACGUCUCUAUUUGAGGAGUGUUCGCGUUUUCUCUCACGGACAGUGGAAGUUAAAAACUGCCUGCAGGUCAUGUGGCUCGCUGACCGGCACAGUGACCAGGAGUUGUACACUGCUGCCAAACAAUGUGCCAAGAUCCACCUCGCACAACUUUACCAGACCGAUGAAUAUCUCAAUCUGCCUUUCCGUCUGCUGCUAGACAUCCUCAAAGAUGGCGUCCCAAGCUCCCAAAAUCCAACUGCAGCCAUUGAAACAUGGACAAACUUCAACAAAGUGGAGAGAGAGAGGUUUUCUUGUAUUCUCCAGGAAAACCUGAAGGAAAUUGGGGAAAAUGUCCACAUUUACCUGAUUGGUAAAGAGGAGAUGAGGACUCACUCCUUGGCUGUGUCGCUUCACUGCGACGAGGACGACGCCAUCAGUGUGAGUGGACAGAACAGUUUAUGUCACCAGAUCACAGCAGCAUGCAAACAUGGAGGGGAUCUGUAUGUGGUGGGGGGCUCCAUCCCUCGCCGCAUGUGGAAGUGCAACAUGCACACCAUGGACUGGGAGCGCUGUGCCCCACUGCCCCGUGACCGCCUUCACCACACCAUGGUGUCUGUGGCCUCCGAGGACACCAUCUACUCCCUGGGAGGAAAGACGUUGCAGGACAGUCUCUCUAAUGCUGUCAUCUACUACACUGUGAAGGACAACAUGUGGACAGAGACCAGUCAGCUGGACACUGCUGUCUCGGGGGCUGCCGGGGUCAACCUCGGCGGCACCAUAUACUUGCUGGGAGGGGAGGAGAACGACAUGGACUUUUUUACCAAGCCAUCUCGCCUGAUUCAGUGCUUCGACACAAGCACCCAGAAGUGUGAGAUCAAACCUUACCUGCUCCCAUUCGCUGGUUUCAUGCAUGCAGCAGUGCACAUGGACGUGAUCUUCAUCGUGGCAGAAGGAGACUCUCUGAUCUGCUACAACCCUUUGCUGGAGAGCUUCACAAGACUGCGCUUCCCUGAAGUCUGGAGCUGCGUGCCGUCUCUCUGGAAGGUGGCCAGCUGUAACGGCUGCAUCUAUGUUUUCAGGGACAAAUGUAAGAAGGGAGACGCAAACACGCUGAAGCUCAACCCUGCCACGUCUGUCGUCUCUGUCAUCAGAGGAAUCAAAAUUCUCCUGACAAACUGGCAGUUUGUGUUGGCCUGAUGUCACCACCCUGGUUGGCUCUUCAAUUUGGCAUCUUUUCAGUGGAAUCUUGACCGUUCCCCAAUGACAUGUAAAAAGACACAUAUUGUGUUUGUUGUUUGAUUCUAAUACAGUGCCUCGUGGUAGAUGUGGAACAGUUAAUGGUGACGUUAUUACAAUAACUGACUCAAUGUUCUGUUUCAUCUGCAUGCAACAGUCAUUGUGAGCAUUUUUAACUGCAUUUAUCGCAAGAGAAACAUUGAUGUCAUAUUUGACCUAAGCUGCCCGUGUCAUGACAAACUAUCAAGUCUUAGUUUUUACCGUGUGCUGACUAUCUAAUCAUUAAACGUCAACUAUGUCAUGCAGACAGACUGAGGUGU